AUGGCACGGCCUCUGAGAGUUCGGAGCUUCGACAAUGUACUGGGACCUCAUCCACAGGGUCGAGACGCAGCUCCUCUAGAAUGUGAUGGACAAAACGAUAUACCUGAAUGUUAUUCGGGAACAGCAGGAGGAGUGGCCUCGAAACCCGACACACCUGGGGUGUUCCCAAGGACUACCGACGACUCUGCACUUGCAGUUGAAACCAAUGGCUUUGGAGGAAGCAAACCAACAGUUGUACAAACUUCCGACAUCAUAACAGCUACGAUGAUUCCCACUCAAAGUGUAAAUCCUACUCUAUCGACAACUGUAGUCAGCUCAGAGCCAAGCUUGGUGACAGCGGGGAGUGUGGAAGGACCAACACAUGAUAACAGCGGACUUAGCACAGGAGAAGUUGUGGGCAUCGCAGUCGGAACUUUGUUCAUAGGCGCAGCACUCGCGUUUCUUGCUGCAUUCUUCGUUUUCAAGCGACGUAAUAGGCGGCAAAACGCCAACACUGGUGACAGGGGAUAUCCGAGCUAUGGAGAUUCAGUACCUGAGCUUACCAUGGUACAAAAGAGCGUUGGUAGCUUAGGAGACAUGCAUAGCCCUUACGUACAGGUGCCUCAGACACCAAUGCUGGCCCGACGACCCAUUCCGCCCGCGAUUCCAGCUCCAGUAAAUAUGGACACCACAACAAAUACGGAUAUCGCUGGUUUCUUGCCACCGAUUGCACGAGACAGCGAGGUGGGUGAUAGGGUAUCCGCGUUGUUUGAGAAGAUGCAUGAGCACAUAGAACGAAAUUAUCGCGAUGUUCAUGCCAGCAUCACACCGAGCAUGGAAUCUGGAAUUGCUAGCUUUGGAGCAAAGGGCGUUAAUAUGACGGAAAUGCUGCAAGAGUGCUCGAAUCCGACUACUGCGCUCAAGCAUGCACUUGUGUCGUAUGUAAUGGCCAUAACGAGUUGGAACAAGGACGAAGAACACGCGGGCACAUUGUUCCCCGAAGAACUCAGUAAUAUGAAAUCUGAGAGGCACAGCAACAGCUCCGACCCGGGCGCCACGGCAGCAGCCUCUUUGCUUAAACGAAUCUCGGUGUACCUUUACACCAGUACGUCUGGCACACCCGAGUCCGCUCAAUCAUGGACGAUUCAAUCCAGCGCCCGCGAAGCUGCUGAACACUUUUCCAUGACAUUUUUCCCUUGGGCCAAUCCCACCAGCAGUGACCAGCAAAAAGACGAAGAUCUUACAUCUAUUAUCAUAGAAGCACUGGAGAUAAGCAUAUGGUUAUUCGGACAGCCAGAGGUAUAUGAGUUUGAAUGGGGUGGAGCUGGCAGAAGAGGAGUGCUAGUCAGUCCAGGACUGGUGAGGCGCACAAACGCAACUGGCGAUGAACAGGGAACCAGGGUAGUGGAAGGUGCAGUUGUGGGUAUGUAG